CGAAGAAGCCUCAUUUGACUGCCAGCCGCGUUGGUCGUCAGUUCGGUCUUCGGUGGAUAACUUUUAACUUCCAUUCCCAUUCAUACCCGUGAAGAUGAUGAAUCUGUUUAUGUUGGCUGGCACGGAGGAGGCUGGAAAGGGUCUCAAUAUCAACAGCAAGCUGAUCCAUGGAUUGGUUCUGCUGCUGGCCUGCAUUCUGCUGGGCGCCAACAUCAACAGCGCCUCCUUUGCACCCGGCACUGUGCUGGACAUCAUGCUGGGCGAAACUACCGUGGAGCAGUUCAAAUAUAUACCCCUCGCCGACGGCUAUGAGUUUGGUUAUACCCUGCCCAAUGGCGCCCAUCGCGAUGAGAUUGGCAAGGUGCUCAGCGGCACUUCGGCUGCCAAGGAUCUGGAGAACGCCAACAAACUGGCCCGCAACCAUCGCCCCUCCCGCGAAAAUGGCCUCAAGGUGCGCAAGCUCUCAGGCAAAUCCCUCGCAUCUCUGGCCGGUUAAGCACUCAAUGCCCCUGCACAUCAUUCCACCAUUAUUACUUUUAAUAGUUUUCCCCUCUUCGAAUUAACUGCCAUAGUGGCCAAAACAGUGUCAACUGCUUUAGGUUUAUUUAUUAGUAUGUUUAUGUGUAAUCUGUGUAAAAACAAAUAAAUACGAUUCAUCACCCAAAAGUGGAAACUUGUUGGUUGCGCAAUGCAUUAAUGUAAACAAAAGGCGAACAGAUGCG